AUGAGCUCGGCCGCCGCUCCGACGACAGCUGCGGCGGCGUCGACAUCGACAGCCUCCUCCACCACCAACCCGCCCGCGCGCCAGCGAAAAUGGCAUCCCCGCGUCUUCACCGGCUGCGUCAACUGUCGCCGCCGCCACGUCAAGUGCGACGAGCGCACCCCCUCGUGCUCCAACUGCACGCGCCUGCAUCUGGCCUGCAACUUUGACCGCCGCUUUGUCUUCAAGGCCGCCCGUCCCGCCAGGGCCGUCCAGCCAGAGCAGCAAUCCCCGGGCCCGUCGCAGCAACCCCAGCAAACGCAGUUUCCAGUAGACGCCGCGAUUGAGGCCGGCGCAGAGGCUCCGGAUGAGCGCCCUGCCUCUGCCAGCUCUGGCGCUUCGUCAGGGUCCGGCAAGGCCGUCGACGGCAUCGUCGCCGGUGAGCUGUCCCUGUCUGUGCCCGCCAGCAGCGUCGUCCCCGCAGGAGGCAGCAUCGUCAGCUUUGCGGACGCCGACGCCGGGGGCCUGCGGAUUUUCACCACCGGCAUUGUGCCGUCGACCGGCCCCGUUACGGGCCUCGAGUCUUGCUUCAGGGUUACCACGCCCGACCCGGCCGCGCACAUCUCCAGCUACGACGACUUGUACUAUCACCACUUCCUCAACACCGUCUCCACCUACCUCAUCAUCUACGACACGCCGUCCAACUCCAACCCCUAUCGGAUGCUGCCCGCGCUCGUCGGCAACUCGGGCCUCUUGCAGGACACGAUGAGAGCCCUCGGCGCCAUGCACCUCUCCGGCCUGCCGCAAGCCCAGAACAGGACCAUCCAUCGCAACGCCGCCAUGAACAUGUACGGCAGCGUCGUCACGAGGGUGCGCAGCCUGGUCUCCUCCAGCCAAACCACCCCUAACCUGGAGCUCCUGGCCACCACGCUGCUGCUCUGCAUGUUUGAGAAGAUGUCCUCGGCCGACUCCAACUGGAAGAUUCACCUGUCUGGGGCGGGACACAUCUUCAAAUCCAUGUACAGCCCGCGCCCUGCGCUGCCCGGCGGGGAUAGCUUGGACGGCCUGGCAGUCUCCAACACCCUCCCGUUGCGCCGCUUCCUCGUCUCGCUGAUGUCGUAUCUGGACCUGGCCGCGUCCUGCGCCACUGGCGAGGCGCCCCUGAUCGCAGGUAACUACUGGGAGACGCUGGGAGGCGGAUGGGAGUACAACCUGGGCGUCCCGAGCUUCGCGACGAGCCGCCAGCCCGCGGACCGCACAAUGGCCCAGCUGCGAAACUCGUGGUCGAGGCUCAUGUCCAUCCAGCUCGAGAUUUGUCGCUUCUCUGGCAUGAUUCGCGACGGGAUAGACGACCGCCAGAAAGAGCUCAUGCACAGCGACAUCCAGUACAGAAUCCGCAACUGGCACGAAAGCGCCCCUGACGUCUACCUGCGGCUGGAGGGCCUCAACGAGAUGCCAGCCGACGCCUCGCCUGAAGAGGCAGAGACGCUAACGGCGGCGGCUUGCGUCUUGGGCUACGCCCUGGGCGCCACCGUCUACCUUGAGCGAACCGUUACGAGACGGGUUGGGAGCGCAGCGUUUGACCCUGUCAUCAAGCAGGCCGUCGACCGCAUGUUUACGCUCACCUUUAAUUUCUCCAGCGGCAUCACCCAGCUCGCCAACCUCUGGGCGUUGCUAACGGCGGGCAUUGCCACGGUGGACCCGGAGCAGCAGAACCGCCUGCGCGAGCGGCUAAUGGGAAUGAGGAAUUUUGGAUUCAAGAACGUGUACAGGGUACUGGACACGCUGGAGUACUCUUGGGAGCACAUGAAGCUCUAUGGAGGAGUCGACUAUGACGAGUUUGAGGCCAUGCUUGCCUCCAACCUGGUUCCUUGA